AAUAAUUUUUGGUCAAAUACCUUAAUUAAAAGAGAUCAAACCGAGAAGGGAAUAUUUCACAUUUGUGUUGGGGCUAAUCGGAAAGAGUAUCUUUUCCUGGCUUCCGUAAAUCUGCCAGACAACUUCACUGAAAUCCCCAAAUCAGCAAGCGAUCCGAUCAUCUGAAAAUGGCCGGAAGGUUGAGCCAAGCGGCGGCGCACAUCAUGGGCGGCCGAGGCGUCGUCGCGCGCUCCGUCGCCUCUUCUCUUCGUGCUCGCUCCGGCAUGGGCCUCCCCGUCGGCAAGCACAUCGUUCCGGAUAAACCACUUCCAGUGAAUGAUGAGCUCGUGUGGGACAAUGGGACUCCAUUCCCCGAACCUUGUAUCGAUCGUAUUGCUGAUACCGUUGGAAAGUAUGAAGCAUUGGCUUGGUUGUGUGGGGGAUUGGGAUUUUUUGCUUCCCUUGGACUGUUGGCCGUCUGGAACGACAAGGCUUCCUCAAUUCCAUUUACGCCAAAGGUCUACCCGUAUGACAACCUGAGAGUGGAGCUCGGAGGAGACCCCCAGGUAUCCAAGUAGUUGGCAGUGUGUGAGGUUUAUGUGUGUACCUUUUUUCUUGUUCUUGAGGUUUGAAUAAUACAAGUCUGGAAAAGAGACCAAAUUCUUCGAAUUCUAGGCGUAUAUUGCUUCUCUCUCUUUUGUACGGAGUAUUAUCUUAGGAUUCAGUGGUAUAUGUGGUGUGGAUUUGGAUUAUGGUUGUGCUUUGGCUUGUCUUGGUGAUCUGAUUU